AAAGGGACACGUUUGCUUUCAAUUCACACGCUGACACGCUGAUUGAGACAGAGAGCGGCUACUGACUAACACACAGUCAUCAUGUCCACUGGUGGAGAGAAGUCCAAGCCUGCCUCCCAGACUGAUGGGAAGGCUGCUCAAACUCAGAAGAGAACCGAGAUGGGCAUGGGAAACUACAAGAUGUAUGUGUAUGAUCAGGAGAACUUUCAGGGCCGCAUGAUCGAGAUCUCCAAUGAGUGCAUGAACGUGUGUGAAAUGGGCAUGGAUAGAGUGUGUUCCCUCCGCGUGGAGUGCGGCCCUUGGGUGGGUUGGGAGCAGAUGAACUUCUGUGGAGAGAUGUACAUCUUGGAGAAGGGUGAGUACCCCCGCUGGGACUGCUGGAGCAACUGCCACAGGAAUGACUACCUGCUGUCCUUCAGACCUGUCAGAAUGGACCCAGAAAAGCAUAAGAUCUGUCUGUAUGAAGUAGGUGAUUUCAAGGGUCGUAAGAUGGAGAUUAUCGAUGACGAUGUUCCCAGUAUGUACACCUUCGGCUUUACCGACCGUGUCGGCAGCAUCAUGGUCAGCUGUGGCACUUGGGUAGGCUACCAGUAUCCUGGUUACCGUGGCAGCCAGUACCUGCUGGAGAAGAGCGACUACCGUCACUUUAAUGAGUAUGGUGCUCGUCAUCCCCAGUUUCAGUCCGUCAGGCGCAUCCGUGACAUGCAGUGGCACCCAGAUGGCUGCUACACUAUGGCCACCAAGUGAGGGCUAGGGAAAGAGCGCACCACCCGUAUGAGUCAUCCUGGGAAGGGAAAGAAGGAGAGAGGGAUGGAGGUCAGUCAGACAAAACGUCACAAUAGAAAAUGUGGCUGUUGAUAUCAGAUGAAAGCAUGGCUUUUUCUUCCCCACCCCUCUUUAUUCUCUCUUACUCUUCACUUCUUCUCCCAUCUUCUUUCUUCCCUCUUCCUCCUCUUCCUCAUCCUCCAUUCAUUUUUCCCCUGAGGAGAUCAGUCCAUCACGAAGAGCCUUAACUGAUGCCUGACUCGUGGGGGUCAGGGAUAAUGAUCGACAAGGGUGGGUUGGGGGGGUAACGGUUGGCAGAGGGAGGGGUGUUUUGGCCUAAAGGCCAUGUAAAACCUCCACAUCUUUUUGGAAUGGUAAUAAAAGCGACACCUGUGACCAUU